AUAGUUCCCUAACGAUAGGAGUCGAAGUCAAUUGUCAAUCACCCAACAUCGCAUGCAAGUUUUCAUUUAUCCCUCACUCUAGUCAUUCAUUUUCAAUCAACAGUAUCUAAUGUCUCAAAUUCUCAAUUCGUGGAAUGGUAUUUGGUAUUCAGUCAGUAAUUCCGUGUUAAAGAAAGGAACAUCGAGUACUUGUCCCACGUGAAUAUGAAAAUACAAUAGAUCUGGGUUGUUUUACUUCAUCACAUCUUCACCGUUCAUCAACUAAUUCUACAAAGCACGAAAGAUUAAAGAAUCAUUGGUGUUGUUUCAAAUGCAAAAUGUGAUGGAAUUCGAGCGAACACUGAGUAAAUUAGAUUGAUCUGUCUGUUGAGUGUUAUUGGCCAUUCGUUUCUUCAAUUGCUCUCAUACUCAUACUGUGUCGAACAAGAGGAGUAUCGAAACUUGAAUUUCUUCAGAAUUGAGAAUCGACAGAGUAGUACUGGACUGGUACUCUCACGGCUUCACGGGAAUCCGAUCUCAGAACUGAAGUAUUGCAGCUUCAAAGAUCAGGUGUAAAUUGUCUUGUCCAUGAAUGAUGGGAUGUAACGUACAAGAUAUUGUUUCAUGGUAUCAAAAGAAAAUUGGCACUUAUGAUAAGCAACAAUGGGAAAAAACAGUAGAGCAACGAAUUCUAAGCGGUCUGACACAUGUACCAAAGAGAACGGCUAAACUGAAAACCGAAUUGAUCGAUGUGGAUUUAGUCAGAGGUUCAGCGUUUACGAAAGCAAAACCUAAACAUGGUCUGUUGACUGUGACAAGGCUGGCAGCGCUGAGGCUUUUUCUAUUGCCAUUCUAUUAUCAAUGGUGGAUUUGCCAGACAUCCAGUCGUAUAUUUAUCGCACUAUUGAUACUGUAUUCGGUGCAGCUAUUCAACACUUUUUUAUAUUUUUCCGCCUGGUUCCCUUUGGAUGCGGCGUUUAAUACUUUAGAAAAUAUCCCUCCGAGCGAAGUAUUAGUACCGUUUGCGAUGAUGUUAGUAUUAAGUAUAAUUCAUUCUCAAAUCGUAUCCACUCAUUCGGCCAACGGACGAGCCAAAAAGCAAGAGAUACCCAGUAAUAGUUAUCACAAACGUAGUAUUAGUAGAAGGACGAGAAGAAGAAACGCGUCGAUUACAAAAAAUAUUAAAAAUACCGAAUCGAAAAUCGUUCAAGAAGGUGAAAAUAGCGGCGCACUUGAUGGUAAAUUCGCCAAGAGAUCUAGAGUUAAAAUUUCAACCGAUGAUAAUGGACGAGUCCAUAGAAGAUCUGUCGUCUGGGAUACGACCCCAGUCAAGAGUAAGCCGAGUAGUCGAAGUUACAAAGACCACGAAGAUAGUGGCGCUGCUUCACUCGACAGUAGUUGCAGUAUGCAAAUUCCCGAGUUGAGAGCGUCUUUGAACGAUAUCGAACAAAUUGGCGGAAUUGACAGAAUGCAAAUGCCCGAAGACGACUCACCUCAAACACCUACCACAUUGGACGACGAUGGCUUCGAAAGCUUGGACGGAAAUGGUUCCUGCGAUAGUAAUAAAGAAGAACAAGAUAUUAGCUUUACCGCCGAAGAAUACGAGACAGCGGUGAAAAAUAGUCCCGUUCACGAUUCCAUUGAUAACGGUCUAGUCAUUGUUAAAAGCUGCCCUAAAUAUAAUAAAAAAGAUAUUAGCUUAAGUACGUGUUGCAAAAGUAUGGGCGCCGCUUGCGCCAAACACGACAAACAGAUUGCCGACGAAUGCGUUAAAAUUACCUUAAACGGUGACAAGACCGUCAGCAAUAAGCGUAAUUGUUCCUUUGAAAUAAACUGCGUUCCUGCUCGUGCUGCUAAAAUAUGCGAUGAUUUUGGUGCUAGAGAUGAUAUAAACUCGCAAGAUGAUAUCGAAGACGAUAGCGAUACCGAUGGUAGUAUUUCAGAGCCAGUUUCAGAGAAUAUAAUGCCUAAAAAACGUUUACUAACCAGACGUCGAGGAUCGCAGCAAAACCUGAGCGUAAAUAUUAAAAACUUGGUCGAAAGUUCCUUCAAUUCAUCAGGCGACGAUAGCGAAGACGACGCUGGAACAUUAUCAUCGCCCGGCAGCUCGGGUCACGUGUUCACCGAGGGUACCACGAGCGCCGGCGAAUGGGGAGUCGGCGUCACCACCAAUAGUGAAGAAUGCAGUUAUUCUUCCGAGAUCGAUGGCUCCGAUAACCAAAUCGCGGUCACCAGUGAUAAUAACGAUCAUCCUUUCGCUUGGGAAAUGGAAAUGAUGCCAAACGUCAUACUCAGCCCGAGUUGCGCACCUGUUGGCAAAGUAAGCUGCACGAUGUGGGAGAAGAAAGAUGUUAAGAAAGCCAAUCUAUCGGUAUUGGAUAUCAGUUCGGCCAUUAUUGCCAGAGUAGAAGCGAUGCCAGAAAACGUAGAUUAUUUCUAUAUUGGUAUCGUGAUGUCAAUCGCAUUAGCAAUGGUACCGUCGAUAAGUCGAUUAGCGGAUUCGCUGUACGAUAGUGGUAGUAAAGGUACAUCGUAUUUUGGCAUGCCCUCCGGCAGAUCGGACACGAAACUUAUGAUCGAACCUUUUUGUCCGAUACGUAACCCAAAUACUCAUAAAUUCUAUAACUUCGCAGUCGCCUUAUGCUAUACUGCUUUUGGAUCUACAUUGAGAGAAAACAUUGUUAUACUUUUGGCCAUGUUUGAACGGUUCUGCUUGGCAGCCAUAUUCUUUUUCUUGUUAACGGUAGCAGAACGUACGUUCAAGCAGAGAUUCUUGUAUGCUAAGUUCUUCUCACACUUGACCUCGUUUAGAAGAGCCAAGAAAUCUGAAUUGCCUCAUUUUAGAUUAAAUAAGGUCAGAAAUAUCAAGAGCUGGUUGUCCGUUAGGUCGUACUUGAAGAAAAGAGGACCGCAGAGAUCAGUCGAUGUUAUUGUAUCUACGGCGUUUCUGAUAACUGUGAUUUUAUUGUCUUUCCUUAGCGUAGAACUUUUAAAAGAUUCGGAAUAUAACGUCGAAGCAGUCGGAUGGUGCAUCGUUAUAGGUUUCUUUAUGUUACGCUUUAUGACAUUAGGAACAAAAAUCAACCGAAAAUAUCGUAAUUUAUCAACCAUCAUCACCGAACAAAUUAAUUUGUACUUACAAAUCGAACAAAAGCCCAAUAAAAAGGAAGAGCUAAUGGUUGCGAACAGCGUUCUAAAAUUAGCCGCCGAUUUACUCAAGGAACUAGAAAGCCCUUUCAAGAUAUCAGGCUUGUCAGCGAAUCCUUACUUAUACACGGUCACAAAGGUAGUCAUGCUUUCGGCAUUGUCUGGUAUUCUGUCGGAAUUAUUAGGAUUUAAAUUGAAACUGCACAAAAUCAAGAUUAAAUAAAUCGCUCGACUAGAGGAAACGCUUGUCAGCAUCGUCAAGAUUGGCAUUCUAUGAGGAAGCAUUCUUGAAUAUACACGAACGCGUGUAUUGUACGUACCUACUCUUAACGUGAAUUGAAAGCGUCGUUCGAUGAAUUUUUCCUUCUUAUCAUCGCUCAUCGAUCGGAGAAUAGAAUAUAUUUCAUCUUGAGACAAUAAUGUAGUAGUAUUCGUCGAUGGUGAAUAAUUUUUUUGUUUUCUCCCGAACGAGGAUUUCGUUAGGUAUUUCGUAGCCUUCUUUUUGCGACAAUAUUUGAAAAAAUAUUAUUGACGUUUAGAUAAUUAUGUAUUGAUCAUGUUGAAUACCCGCAUUUCACAUGUGCCAUUUCAUUUUCACUUAUUACGGAUUAAUCUAAUUAAGGAAUUACUUUUCUCUUUGUUUUUUUUCUCUCUUUUUCUUUUGCAACGAUGUAUGUAUUAUUUAUGUGUAUUAUUUUCUAAGUGUGUGUGUUUUUUUUAGAGAGCGUCAACCUAAUUAGUAAUCAAAGUAGAUGUAAAUUUUAAAGUUUUUACGCCAUUUUUACCAAACCAAACUAGUAGAAACUGAAAAGUAUUCAUGAUUUCCGUUUCGAGAGAAACUUUUUUUCUAGAAUUGUACUUAUUUUUAUCGAAUUUUAUCGGUAAUUUUUUUUCUCGUUCGUGUACGUGGAUUUUUUUUUCUUUUUUGUUUCUCAAUAUCGACAACGCGCGGUCGUAUUAUUUUCCAUUAGUUUUUAGAUAUGUUGAGAUCGGUGUGUCGGUUUUGAAAUCAUCGAUCGAUGGUUGAGAUUGUGGAUUUGAUUGAAUUUUUUUCACUCGAGUUUCGAAUUUCGUGAAAAGUAGUCGAUAUUUUUUGCGAUCGAUUCAAUUAUUACGGAAAUCGACGCUUGUGUUUUUUUUUUCUUCAAGUCGAGAAAUACAGACAAUACUUACUCUGAAAAAUUAACGUAGAAAAAAUAUCGAUUUUUAAAAUCGAAAAUUUAAUUCGACUUUUGAAUUUUUUUUCACUAUGACUGAAAAGAUUAUUAUUGAAUUUGAACAAUCGAUGAAAACUGACCAAAGAGAUUGUAGUUUUUUCAUCAUUUCAGUAGUGGAGCUAUGUUAAACAUGAAAUUAGUCAGCCGUUUUAAUUUGAAAUUGACUCGCAGCAAUUUACCUACCUUUGAUAAUACUCAUAGAAAUAGAAUAAUCGAUUUCUAUAAGUGGAAUGCUUCAAAAUCAAUAAUCGUAGAUGGAAAAUGAUUUUAUCUAGUCAGAUCGAAUCGGUUUUCCCUUAUUGGACUUGAUCAGUUGUGAACUCUAAACAGAUCUAAUUGGAUUUAGGAAAUGUCUGGGUCUGCUGAUCUGAUCAAUGAAAUCUUAUCUGAUUAAUCAGGUCUGAUCAGAUUUAAGCAGGAAGCUUACAUUUGUUCAAAGAAUUGAAUAGAAAAUUAUCCAUACAUCACAUUAUUCAAUUUUCUUUGAAAUAUGAGUAGUAUGAUCAAUAAUCGAUAAUUUUUUAAAAAUCGACCCACUUGCUCGAAACACGGCUAUUUUUUUUCAUUUCUCUUGAAUUGUAAUUGUAAUAAUGUUGUUUUAAGAUGUAUUUUUACGUGCAAUUUUCUGUGAUAAUUGUACUGUGUUUAUUUAUUUUACUUGUUAGUCAUUAUUUGAAUUUUUAAAGGAUCGAUGAUUUUUCUUUUUUUUUCUCCUUUUUUUGUUGAAUUAUUACUUAUUAUUCUCGUCUACAUAACAGAGAUUUCGAACGUGUACUUUUAUCUCGCUAGUUACCAAUUUGGGUAUAUUAUGAUGAAGAAAAGAAUUUACUAUUUUAUAGAAUAUAUACUAUGAAGCUGUGAAUUUAUUAGGAAGUGACGUUUGUGAAACUUUUCGAAUAAUUUUGUGUUCGAUGUGUAUCUAUCUUUGUCUUUGUGAGAUGUACGAUUUAAAUACAGAAUGUAUUGAUAUUUGGUU